AUGGGGGGGAGGCGGGCCCAGGGCUGCGCGGGGAGAGCGGAAGAGUCGGAGCAGGACAGAGAGAGCGCAAGGCCUAGGAGGAGGAGGAGGAGCAGGGGAGCUGGGAGGAGAACGGGAAGCGCCGAGUGGGCAGGGAAAGGGGCAGUAGAGAGGAACAAGGCCGGGGAGGCGCGGCAGGGCCGGCGCAGUUGCGGCGGGGAAAGGCGAAAGAAGACGAGAAGCGUGACGGUGAAGAGGCGGGCGGGGCGAGCGCACCAGAGCCGGCAGAGGAGUGCGAGGGAGAGCCGCCGCAAGAGGCAAGGAUGGCGUGCCGGCUGCGCGGACGGAAGAAGCAGGGUUAGUGAAAAAGGCGCCACGAAUGAGGGCGGGGGCCGCGCCCAGGCACAGAGGACGCGGCAGGGAAGAGAGAGAGAGGAGAGGGGUCGAGAGGGCCGGGGCGAGGGCGAGAGCGGGGCCGAGAGAGAUGAAGCGAGGAGAAGAAAGGCCGGCGGGCCGCGAAGAAUAAGAGAGCGCCGGCCUGGCGCGAAAAAGGAGAGAGGCCGGAGAGGAGGCGCAACGCCAUGGGGAGCCGGUGCCGCGGGGGCAUCCAGACGGCGAAGGCGCAAGGCCAUGGGAAAUGAGGAGGGCCCACGGCGCGCGCACCAGCGGGGGGGCGCGGGGCGCGCGGCCGGGAGCUAG